CUCUCUAUGAGUAAUUAAAAAAAAUACAAUUCACAGGAAAGGCAGGCAGGCAGGCAGCACUGCACCAUUAUGCCAGACUACACGCUACAGGAUAUAUAGAUUCUAUCUCAGCCCCCUAAACAAGUCAAGAUUGAGCUCAAUCUUGAGCUUAAUAGAGGGAUCAGCCAUUAAAAAUCUCCAAUAUUCGGAUCUGACUUGAUUCAUUUAGAUCUAAAACCAGAAAAAACGAGAAAAAAAUAUUCACAUUCAAGAAUCAAGAUUUAAAAUCCCCAAAAGUUGAGAAAAAAAGAAAAAAAAAAAAGAUUAAAGGGAAUAAGGUUUGUGAUAAAGAAUGGAAUGUGGGUCUAAACCAGGCCUCCAAAUCAAAGCCUCGGACAGAGACUCAAAGGAAGCAGACAUGUUGACCCAAGGGAUUCAAUUUCUGUGCACAUUACCAUGCUACCUUCAUUCGGUUUUCCAGAGCAUCGGCUUAUUAUGCACAGAAUUCAUGCUAAUCGUAGACAAACAACAAAAAACUAAACACUAAGAAUUAAAACCAGGAAGAAAUAUACAUAAUCUGAAGCA